AUGGAGCCAUUACCAUCUGUUAACAAAGCAUAUUCUAUGCUACAGAAGGUAGAGAAACAGAAAGCAGUCCAGAUGACAUUUACUAAUAAUAAUGAGAGCACAACCUUAUUUGCAAAGCCUCAGGGAAAUCUGAACUACAAGAAAGAUGCACGAAAGCCAGGGGAAGGGAGAGAAAGUUACAAGAAGUCUGAUUUUAGCAAAAAAGAAAAGGAAAUCCAAUUUUGUGAUCAUUGCAACAGGAAUGGACACACAAGGGAGACUUGCUUCAAAAUACAUGGCUAUCCUGAUUGGUAUAAAACCUUGAAGGAUCAGAGAGCAGCUAAGAGAGCUAAUGCCGCCAAUUCUACUGAGUCAACACUUGAUUUGCUAGCUGACAAGACUGAGAAAGAUACAGAACAACUAUCCAGCUUCAUUCAACAAGAACUUGCAAAGCUGCUCAAAGGGAAGAUGAUUGUCAACAGUAACCAUGCUAGCCUUGCUMAUUAUGAAGAUUAUGCAGGUAUAAAUUUUGCUCUUACUUUUGCUUUGAACACACUUGAUUUAUAUGGACAUGGGGUUUGGAUUGUUGAUACAGGUGCCUCAAAUCAUAUGUGCAAUGGUAUUACCCUUUUUACAGAACCUAAAACGCCUUUACACAAAACUCCAGUUUACCUACCUGAUGGAACCACAAAACUAAACCUGAGGACUGAGAAGAAGAUAGUUGUUGGCAGAUUGAUAGGAACCUUGUAUGUGCUUGAUAAGUCUAGUUUUUCCAUUGAAACACCUCAUUUCUGUAAUAAAGCUAAUGCACAUGUUGUGCCAAAGCUGAAUACUCCUUGUAUUGAUUCUGUUUCACAAAAUAAUAAAGCAGUGUCUUCAUUGUUCCUUUGGCAUAAAAGAUUGGGUCAUGCUUCUUGGAAAACACCUUAUGAGCUUUUGUAUAACACUCUUCCAAACUAUGACAAUUUAAAAUGUUUUGGUUAUUUGUGUUUUACAACCAAUACAAGACCUCACAAAGACAAACUUGAUUCAAGAGCCCUUAAAUGCAUUUUCAUUGGCUUUGAACCUGGACAAAAGGCUUAUAAGCUGUAUGAUCUUUCUACUCAUCAAAUUUUUACAUCUAGAGAUGUAAUCUUUCAUGAAACAACUUUUCCAUUUGUUGAUUCUAAUCCUAAACCUCUUGAUGUUCCAUUGCAUUUACCAUUUGAUGAUCCUAUUUCUUAUAUUGAAAAUUGCACUCCAGAUCCUAUUCCUUCUAAUGAUCCUAUUCCUUUUACUGACCCUUCCACUGCAUUACAAGAUGACAUUCAGCCUAACCUAGAGAGUCAACCUUUAGAACAUGAAAUCCAGACACAACCUGAUUUUUUACCUGCAUCAUCCUCCAUUCCUAAAAGACAAAAUCAAAACCUGCUUGGUUGA